GAAGACUCGACUCGUGUCCACAAAAGUUCGGAAACAACACCUCCACCAUGACCAUGGCAGACCAUUGUCAAACGAGGUGCCCGCAUUUCGCGACUUUUAGCUUGAAUUUAUUUAAAGAAUUGAAUUACUUGCUAAAUGGAGGACCGAAAGAAACGUUUGGCAGCCUUGAGGGCACGGGCAGGAAGGAAAAAGGAUGCCGAGUCUUCGCCGGCAGAAGAAGAAGUAGAAGUGAAGGACGCUUCUUUGCUGGUGGGCAACAAGGCUGCUUCCAGUACCAGUACCGACAGCGCAGACAAGAAGCGACCACGACAAGACGACAAGGAAGCAGAUAAAGAACCCGUCAAGAAGACCAAGACGGCACUGGAAGAAGCGUUGGAAAAGGCCAAGGAAGAUUUGGAAACAGGCGAUCCCGCCUCUGCUGUGACUACUGCUGAUGGUGAUACCACCAAAGCCAAUAAUAACAAUGAACUGACGGCCAUGGCCCCCAAGAAAAUCAAUUGGGACUUGAAACGGGAUAUUCAGCCCAAAUUGGACAAACUAGAAAAGAGGACACAGAAGGUGAUUGUGCAGUUGUUGAGGGAACGACUAGCAAGGGAAGCGGACGCUGCCGCUGAAGAGGGUACCGAAGAUUUGGAUUGAUUUACUGUAUCACAAUGUUGUUGUAAAGCUGGAUUACGUACUACAUUGUUGGUUUGAUUGUGUUAGGAUUGCAUGGUUUCUGUACCAGUAGCUCUUGCGCCAUGACCAACUACUACCGUAGCACAGAAACUACUUUUCUCUCUGGAAACACGAGAAGAGGGAGAAUUGGCGUGCUUCUUGGUGAAGACAUUGUCCGGGUGAGCAAUUAACCUUUGUCAUGACUAACUACAACAAACUAGACAUACCCAACUAACUCUCUUCAACUAACUACGUAACUAUUGAAUAUUCUUGU